AUGCCUUCCCAGAAGAUUGAGACCGGCCACCAGGAUGUGGUCCAUGAUGUGGCGAUAGACUACUACGGGAAGCGCCUUGCUACAGCUUCCUCUGACAACACUAUAAAGAUCGUAGCAGUGAGCGGUGACUCGUCCUUCCCGUCACAGCCACUUGCUACCCUAAGUGGUCACCAAGGCCCUGUUUGGCAGGUUUCUUGGGCUCAUCCCAAAUUUGGGUCUAUCCUCGCCUCUUGCAGCUAUGAUGGUCGUGUCAUCAUAUGGAAGGAAGGAGCCAGACAGAACGAAUGGAUUCAGAUCCAUGUGUUUACCGACCAUAAUUCUUCUGUCAAUUCCAUUGCAUGGGCUCCGCAUGAACUUGGUCUUUCCUUGGCUUGUGGAUCUUCUGAUGGUAAUAUCUCGAUUUUCACUGCUCGAUCUGAUGGCAGCUGGGACACAGCAAAGAUUGAUAAUGCGCACCCUGUUGGUGUGUUGUCCGUCUCAUGGGCUCCAUCAACGUCACUUGGAUCUAUACUUGAAGAGACGGCCGAUCCUGCUGGGAAACUUGUGUCUGGCGGAUGCGACAACUCAGUCAAAAUAUGGAAAUUGCACAAUGGAGCAUGGAUUCUUGAUUCCUUUCCUGCCCUCCAGAUACACAAAGACUGGGUGAGGGACGUGGCAUGGGCUCCUAGCCUAGGUCUUACAAAGUCAACUAUUGCUAGCGCUUCACAGGAUGGAACAGUGAUCAUAUGGACUCUUGCAAGAGGAGGUCAAUGGGAAGGUAAGAUCUUGCAUGAUUUUCAGGUCCCAGUCUGGAGGGUCUCAUGGUCGACAGUUGGGAACAUAUUGGCUGUCGCUGAUGGGAACAAUGGUGUCACACUAUGGAAGGAGGCAGUAGAUGGCGAAUGGCAGCAAGUGACAACCGUUGAGCCACAAUGA